UGACACUUUUAACCGAAUUAUUUUGACAAACUCAACGCGCGCAUCACUCUGCUCUUCAACGGCGGUGCGAAAACAUCGCCAAAUUGUAUUUAAUUGCACUUUUUUAGUAGUUUAAUAAGUUUAACCUCCUCGACAUCGACGCCAGCAGACUGGCAGCAGCGGCAGCAACAAAAACCGAAUACAGCCGAAGAGAAAGAGAGAGGAGACGAAUGAUUACUGUAGCUGUUGGUGUUGGCAAACGCUGUCAGGGUUUGUUUUGAUUUUUUAUAACAACCCAAACGCUGCCUAAAUGCUGCUAAAUGCAUCUUUAAUGAAUACGAAAAAUACUCAUUAAUUUUAAUGAAGUAAUUUGUGUAAUUUAACAUCAUUAUCACAUAAACAAAGUGCGGCAUUGCUAAAUUUUAGUGCUGGAAAACGUUUCAAAUUAAUUGAGUGCAAAAUGGAAUACGCUUUCGACGAAAAGUUGUUGGCGAAUAUAAAGUGCAGCGACGACGAAGAUGAAGAUGUGGAAAUGCAGGAGUCGGAGCAACUCCCUGAUGCGGAUGCCGCAUCGCCGAAAUGGAACGCCGAGGACUCGGAUCCCCUGCAGGUCUCAGCGGCUGUAGACCCUUUCCAAUGGCGCUUUGAGGAGAGCGAUGUACUGCUUACCGAGGAUCAGGCGGCCCCAAUGUCGCUGAAGCCUCAGGAGUCGGCACGAAUCAGCGUUAAACGAGGACGCGGUCGUCCCUCAACCAAAGGUUGCAACUUUAAAUCGGCCAGUGGACUGAGGUGGGCUUCGGAGAGGUCGGCAAAGCCAGCUGCGGUGGAGCUCCCUUUGCCGGGUCAAGUGGCGUUUGGCAAGGGACCCGCCGUCACCGUUGCCAAUGCCGUCGAAUCCUGGAUACUGAUGUUCGACGAUGAAAUGAUACGUUUCCUGCUGCGGCAUAUCAACGAAAAGUUUCGCAAACGAACUGCCCAAUCUCUGCACCAGCGUCAAAUAGAUGUAGUCGAGAUGCGCUCCUACCUCGGGCUGACGUACCUGUGUGGGGUCUUCAGAAACGGCCAAUUCAAUGGGCCACUGCAGGAGCUGUGGACCGUGGAGCUGGGCCAUUCCGUAUUUCGUGCCGCCAUGACGUUCCAACGAUUCGAGUACAUAUCGCAAGUUCUUAGCGAAGCCAACAGCUGGUCGGAGGCCAAGAAGCUCUGGCACAAGUUGAUAAUCAACUCCCGAACAUAUUACGGCUGCAGCGGCUGGCUGGCAGUCGAUGAUGUCCCCUGCCCCGUGGCCAAUGCGCGACUGGCGCUCUGCUGCGAUGCCAAGACCUUGUAUAUGGCCAAUGCCUCGGCCACCACCCAGCGGCAGUCCAUUAGCAAUGAAGUGGAAAAGCUGAUCUGCGACUACAAGACCACAGGGAGAAAUGUUACUCUGGGAUCCAGCUACUUCAGUCUAUCCGAAUGCCAGGAGCUAAUGGAAUCUCAGCUGAGCUCGAUAGGCCUGAUGGAGAAUACAGACGCAGACUGGCCCACAUUGUGGCCCACACCCGACACACCUGGGAGCAUCGUUUACAACAGAUCUGCCAAGCUAAUCCCACACGAAAACAAAGCCCUGCUGUGCUGUGGUCUCGGCUCGCAGGUGGAUCCGUUCCAGGCCUUUCAACUCACCCAUCAGACUUGCGACAUGUUCUAUGAACAGUCGCAGAGGUACAGCACCAAGUUCGCAACGCCCGCGUCCCUGGAGAAGAAGUCCAAUACAUUCCUCAACCUGUUGCAUCUCGUUCUCAACACAGCUGCCUUCAAUGCAUGGGUACUCCUGCGACUCUCACUCAAAGGCGAUGCCAAAAUGGAGCAGCGCGACUUUCAGCGGCAGCUGGGUCUCUUUCUCAGCCAGCAGCGCCUACAGAGGCGACUUCAGAGACGCUCCACAACGACCACGCUGGGAAUGCGCCUUCAGAUCUGCGAAAUACUGGGCCAAUCCUCCCAGCGACUGCUCAGCGAGGUGAACGUGGAGGCUAGGAAGUCACAAGGUGUGGGCGUAAUCAGUCUGGAGCAGGCCGCCCUGCCUAAGGGCGUGAGUCUGUCCAGUCGGUAUGGAGACAAGCACCGACGCUGCAAGCCCUGUUCCAAGGACAAGAGGGAGACAAAGGCGCGGACGCGUUGCCAGCAGUGUCAGGCGCAUCGUUGUGGCAACCAUCUGAUCUCGCGCUGCUACGAGUGCAUGGGAGUACAGGCGGUGCAGCUGCCGGAGGGAAACUUGCCCGAUGCCAGCGACAUUUGAACUCGACAUUAAAUAACGUUUAUUAAAGAGACGCUGCUGAUGCUACAUU